GCUUUAACAAAAUUGGUGAAAAUAAAUAAUAGCUGUAUCCUAAAAUUUCAUUAAAGGAAACUAAAUUAAAUAUCAUAAAAUGCCUAAAACAGAAGGAUUGCAUGAAUUAUAUUAUGAACAUAUUUGUUCCAUUACUUCCAAGACCGAUGUACUUGAAUCAGAUAUUACUGGGAAUGGCUUCGUCAUAAAUUUGAAAAGGAAAUGGUGCGAUUUGUUCUUACUUUCAUAUGAAGAUAAAAGGACACGCAAUUAUUAUACAAGUUCACAUGCAAUUAGAUUAGAAAGAUUAAGACAAUUUCGUCAUUGCAUAUAUCGUAUACAUCCAUUUAGUAAGUUUCGUAACUUCUGGGACUUCCUUAUUGUAAAUGUAUUUCUUUGCAACAAGAUAUUACAACACCACAAUACUUCAGUGAUCUUGGUAACAAAUACUAUAAUUCCCUAUUACAUAGGGAUAUUUUUUGAAUUCAUCAUAAUUCUUGAUUUGUUUGUCAAUAUGAAUACGGGUUAUGUUGACAGUGAAAGUAGAGAAAUAAUUUUGGAUUUAAAAAAGGGACUGGUACGGUAUUUUUCGACAAAGUUAUUUAUUCAUGUAGCUUCAGCUAUACCCGUGCAAGUCAUAAUUUUUUUGAAAUAUGGGCGAAAUUCAUACUGUUCAUUGUGCAAGGCCAAUAUUCUUAUCAGCGUGCUACGCCUUCUCAGCAUAAUCGGUCUAUAUAGGGUAUAUGAGACAACAACGUACUGUAACAGAAAUAGAAAGUCAUUGAAAGCAAUACAUUUGCACAAUUUCUUACGAAUAAUAUUAAUUAGUUUUUUCACUAUGCUUCAGAUUGUUAAUUUUUCUGACACUGUCUCUUUACUAUACAUUUUGGUCAAUGAUGAUAUCGAUCGUUCAUCACAUUAUGGAUAUCUCCUUAAAAUGUCUUAUAAAUCAAGUAACUCAAUAUCAAGUUACAAGAAAAUAGCCUAUGAAUUUCUGAGAGUUUGUAAAUCUCUUGUUCUGUUCAGUGUCAGACCUUUAAAGAAAACAUAUUAUCUAGAUCUGAUAUUCUCACUUAUGGCUCAUUUGAUAGCAAAUAUUUUUUAUGUGUGGUGCCUUUUGGAAUGCUAUGAUUUCUUUUGUUGCUACAAGUAUACAAAUGAUCAUAUAAUAAUGAAUGUAAAGUCAUCUGCAGAUCUAGUAAAAAGUCGAAAACUUCCCGAAAAAGUGUACCAGAGGGUAGUAAAAUAUUACAAGUCCAAUCUUUCUAAAAUGACAGUUGUUAAAUGGCAGAACUGCCUAUACCGAUCAUUACCAGAUAUAUUGCAGCGAGAAAUCAUGCUGAGCUGUUAUAGAGGCUACAUAAUGAGAAUACCUUAUUUUUGCGAUUGGCCUGUGAGUGUCAUUGAAGAUAUUGUUGUUAUGCUGAAAGAGAAAAUUUAUUUGGCCAAUGAUAUAGUUGCAGAGCCUUGGAUUCAAGGUGAUGGUCUGAUAAUAGUAGAUGCAGGAGAACUAGCAGUGUAUUCGGUUGAUGAUGAGGAGACUGCUCACCUUAUUGAUGGAGAUUAUUUUGGAGAAUUGUCUCUUAUUACUGACAAGGAAGUCAGGACAUCAUAUGUUGUGACAAUAACAGAUUCUCAGCUCAUCUCACUCGUGGUUGCCGUAGUGGUCGCAUCCCCUACACCCGGAGGCGGCGGCGGACACAAACACGUGACCAUCCACGUUCCCUACAAGAUCCACACGAUCCACCACCACCACGUGUCCAAGGUGCACGUUCCAGUGCACGUGCCUGUAAUCAAGGAAGUCCAGGUCAUCAAGGAGGUGCCCAUCAUCAAACACGUGCCGGUGCCCAUCGUUAAGCACGUGCCUUUCCCCGUUGUGAAACACGUGGAAGUCGAGAAGAAGGUGAUCGUGCCGGUCCACCAUCACGAGCACCAUGAGCACCAUGAAGAGGAACAACACGGGUGGGAAGGCGAAGCGUUACACGGCUGGAACUGAUUUUAUCAAAGAAAAUUCAUCAUAGCUUAAGAUACACUAGGUCAAUCACACGUCAUCACAAAUCGAUCGAGCAAGGAUCGGUUGCUUCUUCAUCAUCAUCAUCAUAAUGUAAAUAGAAAAAUCGAAUAGCUAUUGCUAGAAGAGGCUAACUAAAUACAUUCAGUUGAAAACAAUGUUAUAACUAAUAAUAAUAAUAAAAUAUUAGCAUUAUUUUUAGCUUAAACCGCUAAAAUAAUGCAACGGUAUACGCUUUAAAGACAUGUUUUAACAAUAUUCGUUUUCCACCGAAUGUGAUUUCACGACAUCAGUUUACGAAGUAUAAUAUAAAUCUGUUUUUAAAAUGUUACUGAUUUCAUU